AAUAUUCAGGGGGAAAAAAAUUCAGAGUCUGAUGGAACUAAAAACUUCCAUACAUUUGUUUGCAGUGGGCGGCUGUAGGUUUCAUGCAGCAGAGGGGGCGGAGAACAAACCUCAACAAACCUCACGUGACUGGAUCAAACACGUGUGCCGAUGCAUGCAGCUGCGCAUGCGCGGCAGAGUCUCGGUUGGUUUCGCCGCUGUGCUGGACUGUGCUGAUCUGCAACUUACCGGAGUGCCGCCGAGCAACCAGACGUUAGUGAACGGACCGGGACCCGGGGUGUGAGGAGAGGCAGACAUGUGACCCGUUUAUACUCAGUGCUGUAAUGUGAGGCAAUGCUCGCUCGGCCGCCAUGGCCAGUGUCACCCUGCGGUACUUCUGCUACGGCUGCCUCGUCACAUCCGCCACUUGGUCUGUCCUCCUCUUCCUCUACUUCUCCAUGGAGGUGGAGCCUGGCCGGGGCCGGCUCCCACUGCGCCACAGCCAGCCAAUCACCAGAGGCCUGUCUGAGCAUGGCGCUCCGUCCAAAAAGGAGGUGAAGCUGUCUCCAGAGAUGGGGAUGAUCUUCAAUGAGGUGGAUCAGGAGGUCAGGGAUGCUGGUUACCAUCGACACGCCUUCAACGUCCUGAUCUCCAACCGUCUGGGGUCGCACAGAGAGCUGCCUGACACCAGAGACAAGCAGUGUCGUAAAAGGUCGUACCCCCAGGCUCUGCCCUCUGCCAGCGUGGUCAUCUGCUUCUUUAACGAGGCGUUCUCUGCCUUGCUGAGGACCGUGCACAGCGUGCUGGAUCGAACGCCGGCGUACCUGCUGCACGAAAUCAUCCUGGUGGACGACCACAGCGAGCUGGAGGAGCUGAAGGAGGAGCUGGAUCGCCGCGUCAGGGAGGAGCUACAGGGGAAGGUCAGGCUGGUGAGGAACCAAAAGAGGGAGGGGCUCAUCAGAGGACGCAUGAUCGGAGCCACGCACGCCACCGGUGACGUGCUGGUCUUCCUGGACAGUCACUGCGAGGUGAACCAGGAUUGGCUGCAGCCGCUGCUGGCGCCCAUCCAGAAGGACCGCCGCACCGUCGUGUGUCCCAUCAUCGACAUCAUCUCCGCAGACACGCUCACGUACUCGUCCUCCCCCAUCGUGAGGGGGGGCUUCAACUGGGGGCUGCACUUUAAAUGGGACCCGGUGCCGCCUGCCGAGAUCAGUGGGCCGGAGGGGGUUUCCGGACCCAUCAGGUCUCCCACCAUGGCGGGCGGGCUCUUCGCCAUGAACCGCGAGUACUUCAAUGAGCUUGGGCGGUACGAUCCAGGGAUGGACAUCUGGGGGGGUGAGAACUUGGAGAUCUCCUUCAGGAUCUGGAUGUGUGGGGGUCAGCUGCUCAUCAUCCCCUGCUCCAGAGUGGGACACAUCUUCAGGAAGAGGCGGCCGUACGGCUCGCCGGGGGGACAGGACACCAUGGCGCACAACUCCCUUCGGCUGGCUCACGUGUGGAUGGACGAGUAUAAGGAGCAGUACCUGUCUCUGCGGCCAGAAUUACGGAACCGCAGUUACGGAGAUAUCAGCGAGCGCGUGGCGCUCCGGAAGCGGCUGCAGUGCCGCUCCUUCCGAUGGUACCUGGACACCGUCUACCCUGAGAUGCAGGCUGUUGCCGGUGGCAACAGGCCGCCACCCCUGUUUAUCAACAAAGGCCUAAAACGGCCCAAAGUUCUGCAGCGAGGACGGCUUCGUAACCUGGCGGUGGGACGCUGCCUGAUGGCUCAGGGCCGUGCCAGCCAGAAGGGCGGAGCUGUUGUCGUGCGACCAUGUGACCCCCGAGACCCUGAACAGGAGUGGACCUUCGAUGAGGAGGGGCAGCUGGUGCUCGCCGGGCUGCUGUGUCUGGACGUGUCAGAGGUCCGGACCUCUGACCCCCCCAGGCUGAUGAAGUGCCACGGAUCAGGGGGGUCUCAGCAGUGGAGCUUGGCGAAGCCGAGCCGGCUCUACCAGGUCUCUGUGGGUCAGUGUCUGUCUGUGGCUCAGCCGCUCGGACCCAAAGGACACGUCUCCAUGGCGAUUUGCAGCGACUCCCAGGAGCAGCAGUGGCAGCUGGAGGACUGAGGGCGCCGCCGUGAGGGCAGCUGUGGAACGACGUCUCCAUUUUGAGGAACAAUCAGGGCGGUUUUCGUGGAGUUUUAGGUUUUUUUUGUGCAGUGUUUGGGAAGAACCCUGUCUGCUGUUUUUAUGAUUUUAAACGUUUUAGUUCGUGGAACUGUUGCAGACCUAACUGAGGACAACAAGGAAAUGUGAAGUCACAGGUUCCAAAAGUGUUGGUUACCCCCCCCCCC